CUGCCCACCACAUCCUACACCUUUCUCUUCCCACCACCUCCUCACAUCAAGAUGAAGUCCUGCGUUGUAGCCGCUGCCUGCGUGGCCGGAGCCCAAGCCUUCGUGGCACCCAGCGCGUUCAACGGCGCCGCCGUCGCCACCCCGGCCAAGUCGUCCUCGGCCAUGAAGAUGUCGUUCGAGUCGGAGAUCGGCGCGCAGCCCCCCCUCGGAUUCUGGGACCCGCUCGGCCUCCUCGAGGACGCGGACCAGGAGCGGUUCGAGCGCCUCCGGUACGUGGAGGUGAAGCACGGGCGCAUUGCUAUGCUCGCCAUCGCCGGUCACCUGACCCAGCAGAACACCCGGCUCCCCGGCAUGCUCUCGAACUCGGCGAACCUGUCGUUCGCGGACAUGCCGAACGGCGUGGCCGCUCUGUCGAAGAUCCCCCCGGCGGGCCUCGCCCAGAUCUUCGCGUUCAUCGGCUUCCUUGAGCUGGCUGUGAUGAAGAACGUGGAGGGCUCGUUCCCCGGAGACUUCACCCUGGGCGGCAACCCGUUCGGGUCCUCGUGGGACGCGAUGUCGGAGGAGACCCAGGCGUCGAAGCGCGCGAUCGAGCUGAACAACGGGCGCGCGGCACAGAUGGGCAUCCUGGCCCUGAUGGUGCACGAGGAGCUGAACAACAAGCCGUACGUGAUCAACGACCUCCUCGGCGCGGGAUACACCUUCAACUAGAUUUCUAAACAGAUUGUCUUGGAUGCUUGGUCCAUGGGCUGUGCCCUGCCAUUCACGAAUCGACCGUUAAUCGACUGUUUGUGAAACA